CACUGACUUUUCUUUCUCUCUCUUUCUCAAUUAAUGUGUACGCAGUUGCGUACUUGCAGCUACGCGCCUUGAUGAUGUGCUAUGUCUGGUUGAAACUGGACUAGAUGUUCUGAAGAAGACGGACAGACGUGUACAUAUAGUUAUCAGCUUUAAGAUAGUAUGUGGACUCAAAUCUCGGGGCUCGAGCAUUUGCACACGACACUUCUUCAUGUCCUAUUUAGAUAAAGAUGGCGGACACAACCGGCAAGGUCAUCACAUGUCAAGCUGCAGUGGCCUGGGAGGCCAAGAAACCUCUUGUUAUAGAAACUGUGGAGGUGGAGCCACCGAAGGCCGGGGAAGUCCGACUUAAGGUUCUAUUCUCGGGGGUGUGUCACACAGAUGCAUAUUUGCUGGAUGGCUUUGACCCCGAGGGGAUUUUCCCCAUCAUUAUGGGUCAUGAAGGCGGGGGCGUCGUAGAGAGUGUUGGAGAGGGAGUCACCUCAGUGAAGCCGGGUGAUCAUGUUAUACCACUGUACAUUCCUCAAUGCAAAGACUGCAAGUUCUGCAAGUCCCCGAAGACCAACCUCUGUGGCAAAAUCAGGGCGACCCAGGGUAAGGGUGUGAUGCCGGACGGAACGUCCCGAUUUAAAUGUAAAGGGAAGUCUCUGUAUCAUUUCAUGGGCUGCAGCACCUUCAGUCAAUACACGGUUGUAGCAGAGAUAUCAGUUACCAAGGUGAAUCCGUCUGCUCCCCUGGACAAGGUGUGUCUGCUGGGCUGUGGUAUCUCCACCGGAUACGGAGCAGCUCUCAACACGGCCAAGGUGGAACCUGGAUCCACGUGUGCUAUCUGGGGACUAGGGGCAGUAGGUUUGGCGGUCGCUAUGGGUUGUAGAGAGGCAGGAGCUUCACGGAUUAUCGGCAUUGACAUCAAUCCAGAUAAGUUUGAGUUAGGUAAGAAAUUUGGAUUGACGGAGGGUGUAAACCCAAAGGAUUACGACAAACCUAUCCAGGACGUCCUCGUGGGGAUGACAGACGGAGGGCUGGACUUCACAUUUGAAUGCAUUGGAAAUGUGGCUUGCAUGAGAGCAGCGCUGGAGUCGUGUCACAAGGGAUGGGGUGUUUCCACUAUAAUUGGCGUGGCAGCGUCCGGCCAGGAGAUCUCCACUCGCCCAUUCCAACUGGUCACUGGCCGUGUUUGGAAAGGCACCGCUUUUGGAGGUUGGAAGAGUCGAGACAGCGUUCCUAAGUUGGUGGAAGGUUACAUGGACAAAAAGGUCCUUGUGGACGAGUUCGUGACUCAUAACCUUAGCCUGGAACAGAUCAACGAAGCCUUUGACCUGAUGCAUGCCGGAAAAAGCUUAAGAGCGGUGGUGAAGUUAUGAAGAGUCCCAACACUUCAGCAGUCCAUGAGAGAAUUACACAGUCUGGAUUUGAUUGAGAGCAUGUGAUUGAGUCAUUAAUUUUCUGUACAUGGAAUUUGUGAAAUAUGAUAAUUUGUCUUCUUGCUAAGUAGGUUAACUGUAAUGCAAGAUGUGAUGUACAUGAUGCUAGGAUAUUUUUUUGUAUAAUGAAUUUUGACUGUGCCAUUAAAGUGCAAAAUGAACAUGA